AUGGUGCUAGAAGCCGGCUAUCCAAACACGACAGGCUUCCGCAAAGUCGUCAAAGCAACAAUACUCGUAAAAAAGAAGCCAGGCCUGAGCGAUGCAGACUUUGUAUCACACUACAACAAAAAGCACGCAGAAAUGGCCAAAGGAGUGUUGGUCAAGCACGGGUGUAUAACAUAUAGUCUCACAUACCAUCUGCAACGUGACAGAAAUAUCAUGCAAGAUAUGCUCAAAGGGAAAGCGAAUCUUCUGCCGUAUGAUGCCAUCUGCACAUUUGUGUUUGGUGAUUACAUGUCUUUUGCACGCUUCAUGUAUGAUCCGGCUAGCAAAGCUUUGACGGGCGAUCAUGACAACUUUAUGGUCGAGGAGGAGAUGAAGAUGAUGGUCGGAGAUGAGUAUAUGGUAAUUGAGGACGGGAAGGUGGUCUCGUGA